AACACAAAACCCUAAAAUAUCAGCGUCCCCAUUUGUCACUGUCAGCGAUCAAAACCCUAACCACUUUCCAGCUCUUCCGUGAAAUCUGUUCACAAAUUCUGCUUAUUUUCUCGAGAAAGUCCUUAAAAUUUCUGUUUGGCGGAUGGCUAAUGGUUUUGAAAGCAAUGGGCGAUCCCGAUUACCUGGCGGCGGAGGAGGCGGUGAUUCUCAGAAAUUGACAACCGUCGAUGCUCUUUUGUUUCUCAAACAGGUGAAGGAUGCGUUUUAUGACAAAGAAGAAAAUUAUGAGAAAUUUCUCGAGAUCAUGAAAGAUUUCAAAGCUAAAAGGGCUGUCACUGAAGAUGUGGUUGCACGAGUGAAGGAAUUAUUCAAAGGGCAUAAGGAUUUAAUUUUGGGAUUUAAUCCCUUCUUACCGGAGGGUUAUCAGAUAACCCCGGAUGACGAUGAAGAUGCAACUUCGCUGAAACAGACUGUUGAUGAAGAUGAAGAAGCUGCUGACUCUAUAAACUUGACAAACGAGGACAACGGGGAGUGCAGUAUCUGCUUGGGGAGACUGAGUGCUGGGUACAUUUCACUGGAUUGCUCCCACCGCUUCCAUGCUAAAUGUUUUAGGACCUGGUGGAGCAAUAACCCGACGUGCCCAUAUUGCAGACUUCGGGUUAACGAGAAUGGAGAGAAGGAUGCCUAGGAGGACCGAGCCUGGGUGGGGCAGCUGGAAGAUGGAAUAACGAGAACCUGUUGCGAGCAGAUAAACCACAUGAUUAGAUAACGGGAGUUGUUAUUGACAUUUCAGAAAAGUCGUAGGCACUGCUCCUUAGGGAGAAGUUGCACUUGCUAGAGUGAGUGAUGACGUUUUUGAAGUGCCAUUGACGGCUCCCGAAGAGACACAGAAGUACAUUGGUUGUUUUCAUAAUUAAUAACAAUCGAUCAAGGUCAAUUAGAA